UCGUCCUUAUAACGAUUGUAGUGCGUUAUCCUGUGAUGUUGCCAGAGUGGAACGAAUGACAACACCGUACACUCGGACUAGGUGUACGAUUUCGUGACUAACCUGGGCGACGAGCUUGACUACCUCUUGGGCUCUGAAAUGACACUGACAAAAGGACUAUUCCUUGGAUGUCGUUAUACACCCUUUGUGAUAUGCGCCUUGCACACUCGACUGCUCCUCUCACCGAGCAUUGAGGGUUGCCCGGGGCUUGCUGAAAGUAGCAUAUUGUUCCUUGGGAUCGUUUUGCUAUGUGCGGAGUGUGUCUUUGUCCUUCGGACAUAUGCGUUAUGGAACUGUGAUCGACGUGUUCGAAUAGCGCUGUUUGUAUUGUAUUUGGCUUUUUUCGGUGGGAUAAUAAUAUUAGUACUGGCAUGCGGGCUACAAUUGAAGACGGCUAAUUUCACACCAGGUUGUUACUCCCAUACUUCGGUAUCACCCAUGUUCAUUCUCGCGCCCUAUAUCCUUUUGUUACUCCUUGAAAUUGAGAUUGUUGGUCUCACCUUUUACAGAAUGAUCAGAUACUACCGUGCCACACGUUGCCGGCUUUUAACAUUGAUGGCACAAUACAGCGUAGGCUAUAUCCUUGCUGGGCUAUUAUUCACCGCAACCAAUAUCGUUACGAUCUGCUUUGUUCCGGGCGAUUAUGGCCCAGCGCUUGAAGCGUCACAGAUCGUGGCACAGGCUCUUCUUGCAACUCGAAUGCAACUUGACCUAUGGAAACUUGAUCGCCACUCACCGACAACGGCUCCUACAUCGGACUUCACCGAGUACGAUCAAACGGAUUUGGAAUUCGAGUUGUCACAAAUUUAAAGAGCUUCCAUCAUACCCAGUGGUACUGCACCAGUAAUCUAGCAAAAUUUGGUGCAAGCACGAUGACGAGUCCGUCUUCCUCGAACACAUCUUCUAAUUGUCACCUGACAUGCUGAGUGGCGAGACUGGUGAAGUCAACCCGCCCUUGAGUACACGAUGGGGCAUAUCAGGGAUUCCGUGAAUUGCAAGGCAAUGUACAUGUUCCUACCUCCAGCCAAACAAGAGUGGCGAGCCCUGUU